AUGAACUCUCCACCUGGUCCAAGUAUUAUUAUGGACAGUUUAUUCAUUGCUGAGACAGACAAUGUGGGUGAAGCUGGUUAUCGUCCAACGAUUGAUGUGGGUGGUCGAUCUCGUCCUGAUUUCUAUUCCACAGCUACUAAAUUUGUCAUUAAGGGUUAUGAAACCUAUGACAAUGGUGGUCCACAAAUUCUUGUUAAUGUUACUUUUCGAAACUUUAUGCCUGAUUCAUUUAGACAAUCAGGUGCUUUGGGUCAAUUAACAGAUGCUCCUUUCAAACAUCAAACUUUGAAUCGAUAUGGAGCUUGUUUGUUAGAUAUUGAUGGUGCUGCAACUGAACUCACUCCAGGUGGUUGGAUUGUGGCCAACGACAGUAUUUUAUCUCAUUCUGCAUGUGUGAGAAGAGAGGAUUGGAAAGGUUAUGCUUGUCCAGUUUCUUUGGAAGGUUAUGCACAACUGACAGUUGUCAAUAUUGGAGGUCAUUUGAAACCACAGCAAUGUAAUUUUGAGAAAUUUUAUGCCAUUCGUUGGGUGUUGAAUAUUCCAACUCCACCAGUUCUUAGAUUUUCAUUGCCAUCAAGUGCUAACAAUGAUUGGGUCGUAGUGAGUGUACAAUAUCCAAGAACUGCUUCUUUAUGGAUUUAUUAUUUGAAAAACAAUGUUCCAACUUCAUUGACAUCUGUCAACAGCCUUUCUGAGAUCGUUAAGGAUCCUACCAAUUAUUAUUUUGACUUUGCUGGUGAGAAUUUAUACUUGUAUUUGAGAAAUAGAGCAGUUGACAAUUAUGAUUUACCAAAAGAUUCUGACAAAUUUGUCAAACUCUACAAUCGUGAGGAUCGAUUCGCUGGUAUUUUGAAACCAAUCGUCAAUGGAGCUCGUGGAAAUGGUGUCGCCUUUGCAACACUACUUCCAAAUAAGCGAACCAUUGAUUUUACAGUUCAUCAUGAUUUGACUUUAAUUGCGACCAAGAUGGAAAUUGGAAUUGGCGAUCCAUCCACUGGUUCUGAAGAACGAUUCAUUUCACAAUUUGGUGUAAAAUAUUCUCCAUUUUCCAUGUCAAGAUUUUCUGCAGACUUGUCAGUCGGUGAAUUGAUUCAUCUCUUGAAAGGACGUCUCUUUGUCAAGUUACACACCACUGAAUAUUCAAAUGGACAUUUGAAAGGUUUCGUUGCAUGCAAUCAAGGAAAGAAUUCCAUCCAUCCAAAACCUUGCGAUCCAUCUCCUGCUGAUUCUCUAAAUAUUUAUUCGGAAUCUGAAGAUAUGGACACUUCCAAGACCAAAUUUGUGGAUCUUCUUCCAUAUUCUCGUUAUCCAGCGAAUUGGAUUGAUUUGGGAGUUUACAAAUAUUAUGAAUUCUUUGUGAAGGUUGUCACUCCUGGAGAGUUGAGAUUGAAUGUUUAUUUCAAAGAAACUCAAAACAAUGCUGCCAAAGAUUUGACAUCUGUGUUCGUCGAUCCAAAAUAUUUUCAACAUUACAAGAUUGAUGACACUCGUGUCACUCGAUUGAUAAUUCCAGUCACUGAUCUUCCAUUCACCAACAAGACUUCACUCAAUGCCAUUCAACGAGUGAGAUGGAUUGUCAAUGGAGGUGUUUACAAGGAAUUCAUAAUUGACAAUGUCAGAUUUGUGAAGGAUACAAGUCGAGAUCCAGUGAAUCCAAAGACGAGUGUGAGUAGUAAGAGACAAGUAAGCAGUGCUUAUGUGAUGAGACCAAUGAUGAUGAGUGUGAUGAUUGUGAUGCUUGUUGUUGCGAUUUUCAUCGAGGUGAUUGCUUAG